CGUGCGGACAAACAAGCAGAGCUCGCGACGUUACGCAGUCGCCAUUUUGUUUCCCCGGGAGUAAAGAAACCAAACGGAGCAGCGCCGGCGUCAGUAUUCAACAUCACCCGCAGCACCGUCCCCACGGCCGAGCAGCGUCCUGCACCCAGGGUUACAUGAUGUCUGGUGACAUGGCCACGGAUCUCACUGGUGACAUGGCCACGGAGCUCACUGGUGACAUGGCCACGGAUCUUACUGGUGACAUGGCCACGGAUCUUACUGGUGACAUGACCACCGAACCAACUGGUACCACGACCACUGAUCCAAUUGGUGACAUGUCCCCUGAUCUAACCGGAGACAUGGCCACGGAUCAUGUAAACGGAAACGGCACAGAGGAACCAAUGGACACUACAGCAGCCGCGGCCCAGUCAGAACAUUUCCCGGCGUUACUGGAAGCUGGUUUACCUCAGCAGGUCGCUGAGAAGCUAGAUGAACUCUAUGUGGCAGGCCUGGUAGCACAUAGUGACCUGGACGAACGGGCUAUUGAAGCUUUGAAAGAAUUCAACGAGGAGGGAGCCCUGCAAGUGCUGGUCCAGUUCAAAGAGAGCGACCUGUCCCACGUGCAGAACAAAAGUGCCUUCCUCUGUGGUGUAAUGAAGACGUACAGACAGAGGGAGAAACAAGGGACAAAAGUUUCAGAUUCCACUAAAGGACCCGAUGAGGCUAAAAUCAAAGAACUCCUGGACAGAACCAACUACACACUGGACGUCACAACAGGACAGCGAAAGUAUGGCGGGCCCCCCCCUGAGUCUGUGUACUCAGGGGCCCAGCCCACAGUUGGAACAGAGAUAUUUGUCGGGAAGAUUCCCCGUGACCUGUUUGAAGACGAGCUGGUUCCUCUCUUUGAGAAGGCCGGGUCUAUCUGGGAUCUCAGGCUAAUGAUGGACCCGCUGAGCGGCAUGAACAGGGGCUACGCCUUCGUCACAUUCUGUAAUAAAGACGCAGCCCAGGAGGCGGUGAAGCAGUGUAAUAAUCAUGAGAUUCGCCCUGGAAAGCACAUCGGGGUUUGUAUAUCUGUCGCCAACAACCGGCUCUUUGUUGGCUCCAUUCCCAAGAGUAAAACAAAGGAGCAGAUCGUCGAAGAAUUCGCUAAAGUCACAGAGGGCCUCAGUGAUGUCAUACUGUACCAUCAACCUGACGACAAAAAGAAGAACCGAGGCUUUUGCUUCCUGGAGUAUGAAGACCACAAAACGGCAGCUCAGGCCCGUCGCCGGCUCAUGAGCGGGAAGGUGAAGGUGUGGGGCAACGUGGUGACGGUGGAGUGGGCGGAUCCCAUCGAAGACCCCGAUCCAGAGGUCAUGUCCAAGGUCAAGGUUUUAUUUGUGAGGAAUCUUUCUAACGGUGUAACAGAGGAGAUCCUGGAGAAGUCCUUCAGUGCGUUUGGAAACCUGGAGCGAGUGAAGAAGCUCAAAGAUUACGCUUUCAUUCACUUUGAAGAGAGGGACGGAGCCGUGAAGGCCCUGGAGGAACUGAACGGGAAGGACCUGGAGGGAGACGCCAUUCAGAUUGUUUUUGCUAAACCACCAGAUCAGAAGAGGAAGGAGCGUAAAGCCCAGAGGCAAGCAGCCAAAACACAAAUGUACGAUGACUAUUACUACUACCCCCCCCCUGCCCACAUGCCGCCGCCUGCGAGAGGCCGGGGCAGAGGCGGCAACAGGGGUGGCUACUCUUACCCCCCCGACUACUACGGUUACGAGGACUACUAUGACUAUUAUGGCUAUGACUAUCACAACUAUCGUGGUGGCUAUGACGACCCCUAUUACGGCUACGACGACUUCCAGGGCCCAAGCCGGGGGCGCGGUGGCAGCCGGGGCUCGAGGGGCGGAGCCUCUCCAUCCAGGGGGCGUGGCGGCGCAGGCGGACCUAGGGGCAGGUCCAGCUUCUCCCCGCGUGGCGGACCGGGACCAGGACGUGGAGGGCGUGGCCCAAGAGGAGGAGUGCAGCCGAGAGGGCGAGGAGGGGUUAAGGGGGUCGAGGCCGGUCCUGACGUGUCACUAUGAAGACUGACCAGCGUGGCGCCGCCGGCGGCCAGUGGACGGAAUGGUAAGGUCACCUGACUCAGUGGUCCAGCCGUUUUCCUGCUUUUUCUUUUUCUUUUUAAGGAGCAGAUCUCCUGAAACUGCCACGUUUUUGAAAAUCAGAAGCAGAAUCUGUUUUUUAUCAUUAUUAUUGUAAAGAAUAUGUGACUCUUAAGUUUUAAAAGACCGAACCACAGCUACGACUGAGUGAGCUCACGAUGGACGUCCUCCUGGAAAAGUCUUUGCACUUUUUUUUAUUGAAACUUGAUGUAACUUUUUUUUCUUUUAUCUUUUAAACUUCAUCUUUACGAUGGACUAGACGUGAUGAUCUAUGAUUAUCAGAUAAUCUGUGAUUAUCAGGUAGAGUUGAGGUGUGACGAUCACCUGCCGUUUAAGGUCGGGCAUUCCAGAAAACUGGUUCUUUUCUGAACUACAGCCAGCGAGGGUUCGUUAACUUCCUCAGUUUCGAGGAUGCGUCUCCUCCGUCUCUUUGUGUAUUUGAGGAAACGGAGGCAGCCGCCCCCCCACCCCCCUUCCAAUUCAGACUCUAAAUAAAGAUGGACGACGCGCCUCAACUUCCUCUCACUAUCUAGAAAAAAAGCCAAGUGUCUUGGAUAGGAAGGCUUACACCUUGCACAUUUGGAGACUGCAGUAGUGUUAGUGGAUCUGUGCUGUCAACCAGUCAGUCUCAGCUGUCAAUCAUGAUGUCUCAGAACGUUGUUCAGACACAAACUCCAGAGAAUAUCAACACAACAGUUUCUGUUCAUUUCCUGUAGUUAGUGUUUGUGAAGCAGCAGCAGGUUGUCGGUUCCGACACGUUCACAGGAACAUUCAGGCGAGGGGCGGAGCCUGUAGAGCAGCAGGAGGCGGGACAUGACCUAUAAGUUCACUGUUGUUUACAUCUCAUCCACGUCGGCCCUCAUCACCAGAGGCUCUGGCAUCGCCUCGUCUUCAUGUCCUCUUCACAGCCCCUCUGGCUCCAGGUCCCAUGUGGGACUAUAUUCAGCCACCAGGGGGGUUAAGGCCGUUUGGCUUUUGGGAGCCGUCAUGUCGUCCAUCUUUAUUUACAGUCUCCUCUCCUCCUGAGAUAAAGAUGCAACAACAACCAGCACUUCACGAGUCUCAGUUCUCAGCGAUGUGACGAGCUGGUCCUGAGAUGAGCCUGAACCAGCGUCACUGUCCCUGAACGUGACGAGCAAUGAUGUCGCUGACCGACAGACCUUUUCUAGCUUUCUAUUCUUCUUGUAAAAUCUUAAAUGCCUGGAAACAGCAGUCAUAGCUUUGUCCUCCACGAAGGGGGAAAUGUCUUAAUGUUGUUUUUGUUCACAAAGUGACGUCCCGGGUCGUCUGCACCAACACGUCGUGUUUGUUCACGAACAGGAAGGAGCAGUGAAGCUGACUCUUACUUAUUGAGUCUCUGAGCCGGUCUGGAGGACACAAGGUUUCAACGUCCUGAAGAGUUUAGUCCCAGAAGCAUAACUACACGUUUCCCUCUACGUCACUGUAGACGGAGGAUGGUGCUAUGAGCUGUACGUGGUCCUGACAAGCAUUUCCUGUGAACUGGUGUUGAAGCAUUUCUUCACUGUGACAUAACGAUGUUCAGACUCUAAAGGAGCAGAUCCAUCCUGACACUGUCCAGACACUAGGAAACAGCGUUUUAGCUCAUUAAUAAUAAUCAUCUGCAAAGAGAAUCUGUCAGAAUAAACCUCCACCUCCAUGGUGUUUAUGAUAAAGUCAUCGAUAAAAAUGUUUUUGAUGUUUUUGUUCUAUUCUUCUAUUUGAAAACUUUAAACUAAAUUAAAAACAUUCAAUUCAGUAUAAUGUUCAGCUCCAGAUCUAUAACACUAAGGUCAUGACCUUAAAAUGUAUAAAGAAACCCACAGUUCCCACAUUGAGACGACUGGAGAGAGAAACCUCAUUAGCUGAAGGAACCUGUUUCUCAAACUGAUUCACUGACGAGCGGUGGAUCAGGUUCCGCUCACACUUCAAACGAAUCCUUCACAGAAUGAGGCAGUUAACAAAUAAAUGGUUUGUCAUGUUUUGAAUGAAUUUGUCUUGAGGUUGGAUUUCUCCUUUAAACUCUUUAAACAUCAGUUUGUUUUUAUUUCUUUAUGUGGCUCCUGUUUUAUUCUUCGGUUCAAAAAGAAUUGUGCAGCUUGUUUGAUUUUUUUCUUCAAACCAAGUUUGUGAAAAUCUUGCAGACUCUUUUGGAAUUUAAGGGUCAAGAAAUGUUUUUGUUUGUUUUGCUAACAAGUGUGUUUGCAUUCUUGCAAAUGAAUUGUUUUAUACUUGUACAGUGACGCGAGUUAAACCUAUUUUUCUAAUAAAGUUGAUGACUUUGA